CUGGUUCCAGCUGCCUAGCUACCACCCAAACGGUAUUCUUAGAUCCUCACCUCGGAAAGGGAUAGAUUUUCUCUGGGUGCCAUGAAGGCACUAGUAGCUUUCAUACUGCUUAUGCAGCUCCCAAUUCACAGAGCUGCACCCGCAGCUCCCCCGCCUCCCUUGGGCUGCGAUGACCCAGAAUCUGAAGCAGCAGCUGAAUUUGCUGUGAAUUAUAUUAAUGGCCACAGUCAUCACGGAUACAAGUUUGCCUUAAACAGAAUUGAGCAAGUCCGCGUGCUGCCUCAGGGGCCAAAUAAUGAGAUUCUGUUCCUUGAACUUGACUUAUUAGAGACCACAUGUCACAUUCUUAAUCCUACACCUCUUGCAAAUUGCUCAGUAAGGAAAUUUGAAGAACAUGCAGUUGAGGGUGACUGUGAUGUUAAACUGCAGAAACUGAAUGGACAGUUUUCAGUACUUGCUAGUAAAUGCCACUCACAUGCAGACUCAGCUGAAGAUAUUCAUGAGCUCUGCCCGGACUGUCCACUCCUGGCAAGUCUAAAUGACACUGAUGUGUUAGCAACUGUUUCCAGUGCCCUCAAUGACUACAACAGCAAAACUCCUGAUGCCUACCUCAGGCUCCUGGAGAUUGGAAGAGCCAUAAAACAGUAUCACCCAGUGCGGAUGGUCAAUGUCGAGUUUGCUGUGGCUGCCACAAACUGCACAUCACAACAGGCUAAAGAUAAUCUGGAGGCUUGUCAACUGCUUCCUGAGGAUCAGUCUAAUUUUGGUUUCUGCACAGCAACAAUGGUAACAGAACCCUCACAGGACUUAACAGCAGAAUGCCAGCUGUAUGGACAUCAGCUUGGAGUUACCUACCCUCACUCAGGUCAAGAUACAUCAGCAGGACUGGUACCCAGUGCUGGACAAGGCUUCAUUAACCAUAACCUCAGAAUUUCCCACAAUAACCCUGUUGCAUCUGAAUCCAGCUCUUCGGAAUUUCCUUCUCUACUAUCAGCAAAAUCUGUAGCAAAGAGAGCAGUUGCAAAGGUUGCUCAGCAUGAUAAAGUACCUCAUCCAGUUGGCUUUGUGACUCCUCCUCCACCAUGCCCUGGUAAGAUUCGCCAUUUCAAGAUCUAGGCUGUGUCACAGACAUGGCAGGACAGCUAACUGAAGGAUCAGCAUGCAGCAGCAGCAUCAACACACACAGUACAACAUCAAGUGCAAAUAGCUGAGAACACUUGACUCUUAGUCCAACUGACUUUCACCCUCCAGAGAACACAGCUGAGCCCAGGAUCUUGCAAAGGUCUGCUUGAAGAUAUAGGAGAUGGCAACGUACAGCAGUUGUUUUCUCUAAGUACAGGGAUGCUCUAGUUAAAACACAGCAAAAAUUGUUUCAAUGAAGCUGUUGUAAAAGGUAUACAACAGUUGUAGCUUUAUGAUAGAAACACCACCUAAAAGACUACUUCACAAUAAAAUGUUCAACAGAAAUGCUUUGGUA